AUGGCGGUCGUCGAGGCAGGAGCGCGGGCCACGUUCGGAGCCUGGGAUUACGCGGUCUUCGCCCUCAUGCUGCUGGUGUCCACAGGCAUCGGGCUGUGGGUCGGGCUGGCGCGGGGCGGGCAGCGCAGCGCGGAGGACUUCUUCACCGGGGGCCGGCGCCUGGCCGCCCUGCCCGUUGGCCUCUCGCUGGCCGCCAGCUUCAUGUCGGCGGUACAGGUGUUGGGCGUGCCCGCCGAGGCCUACCGCUUUGGCUUCAAGUUCCUCUGGAUGUGCCUGGGACAGUUGCUCAACUCCUUGCUCACCGCCCAGCUCUUCAUGCCGGUCUUCUACCGCCUGGGCCUCACCAGCACCUACCAGUACCUGGAGCUGCGCUUCAGCCGCAGUGUGAGGCUCUGCGGGACCCUGCAGUACCUGGUAGCCACAGUGCUGUAUACUGGCAUCGUGAUCUACGCCCCCGCUCUCAUCCUGAAUCAAGUGACUGGGUUGCACAUCUGGGCCUCGCUCCUGUCCACUGGAGCCAUCUGUACCUUCUACACGACUGUGGGCGGCAUGAAGGCUGUGGUCUGGACUGAUGUGUUCCAGGUCGUGGUGAUGCUAACUGGCUUCUGGGCUGUCCUGGCCCGAGGGAUCAUGCUGGUGGGUGGGCCCCGGCACGUGUUUGAGAUUGCCCAGAACCACUCCCGGAUGAACCAGAUAGAGUUUGACCUGGACCCGCGGAGCCGCUACACAUUCUGGACUCUUGUGGUGGGUGGCACAUUGGUCUGGCUCUCAAUGUAUGGUGUGAACCAAGCACAGGUGCAGCGCUAUGUGGCCUGUCGCACAGAGAAGCAGGCCAAGCUGGCCUUGCUUAUCAACCAGCUGGGCCUGUUCCUGAUCGUGCUCAGUGCUGCUGGCUGUGGUAUCAUCAUGUUCACGAUCUAUGUAGACUGUGACCCUCUCCUUGCAGGGCGUAUCUCUGCCCCAGACCAGUACAUGCCCUUGCUGGUGCUGGACAUCUUCGAGGACCUGCCUGGAGUCCCUGGGCUCUUUCUGGCCUGUGCCUACAGUGGCACCCUCAGCACCGCCUCCACCAGCAUCAACGCCAUGGCUGCAGUCACCGUGGAGGACCUCAUCAAACCCCGGCUGCCCAGCCUCGCACCCCAGAGACUCGUAAUGGUCUCCAAGGGGCUCUCACUCAUCUAUGGCUCAGCCUGUCUCACCGUGGCAGCUCUGUCCUCACUGCUGGGGGGAGGCGUCCUCCAGGGCUCCUUCACCGUCAUGGGAGUCAUCAGCGGCCCCCUCCUUGGAGCCUUCAUCCUGGGGAUGUUUCUUCCUGCCUGCAACACGCUGGGCGUCCUCUCUGGGCUGGCCACCGGCUUGGCGCUCUCGCUGUGGGUGGCCGUGGGUGCCACUCUAUACCCGCCCAGCACCCAGUCCUUGGGAGUCCUGCCAUCAUCGGCUGCCGGCUGUGUCGUGCCCUCAGCCAACGCCUCUGGCCUCCUGGGCCAGCUCCUGGCCACCAACACCUCCAGCAGGAACCCCAGCCCUGAAAUGGACCUUGAUCGACCCGCCUUAGCUGACAGCUUCUAUGCCAUUUCAUAUCUUUACUAUGGAGCCCUGGGCACGCUGAGCACUGUGCUAUGUGGAGCCCUCGUCAGCUGCUUGACAGGCCCCACCAAGCGCAGUGCCUUGAGUCCUGGGCUGCUAUGGUGGGAUCUUGCACGGCAGACAGCAUCGGUGGCCCCCAAGGAAGAAGUGGCUACCUUGGAUGACAGCUUGGGGAAGGGUGCUGAGGAACUGCCCCCUGGAACCAAGAGGCCUCCUGACUUCCUGCCCACGGACGAGGACCAUCUGCUCUUCCUGGGGCAGAAGGAGGUGAAUGGAGCUGGCUCCUGGACCCCCAGCAGUGCACAUGACCAUGGUCAGGACCUUCGGGAGACAGACCUCUGA